AUGAACGAAGGCGGGGGGUUAAACUCGUCAUCGGUGGACGAAAAGGAAGCCAUGUACGAGAAUGAAGAGCAUUUGGAGGAUUCAGACGAUGCUGGUCCCUCAAGUGCUAAUCAUUCUCGUACGUCCAAUAAUUCUUCAUUACCCACAGAUGACAGUGUAGCUCCUCGACUCCGAACCUACACAGAUGGUUCGUCUUUUUCUGGGCCAUGGGUGGUUUUCAUCCGGCCCAAAGCUAACGGCAAACAGCUAAACGUAGUGCAGAUCACUAAAGAUCUGGCGAGGUGGCCCUCCGUAACCUGCGUUACUAAGGUGCGACCAAACAAGUUGCGCGUUGUCGUGGACAAUCAUAAAUCCGCUAAUGAAAUUGUUGCCAGCAAAUUCAUUAAUUUAGAGUACCACGUCUACAUUCCGUCUCGAAACGUAGAGAUAGAGGGCGUGAUCUCAGAAAUGAGUCUGGAGGCUGGGUACGUUAAAUCCCACGGCGUUGGUAAAUUUAAGAGCCUUGAUUCGACUUCGGUCGAAAUCUUGGAUUGCCGCCAACUCAAUACUACCACCGUCGUAGAAGGAGUUAAAAAGUACUCGCCUUCAGCUUCAUUUCGAGUGACCUUUGCGGGUACCGCCCUCCCUCACUACGUCUUGAUUGACGGAGUUUUGAGGCUUCCUGUGCGGCUCUUCGUGCCUCGCCCGAUGGAAUGCAAAAAUUGCAUUAAAUUGGGGCAUACAGCUUCCCAUUGUUGUAGCAAGAAGCGUUGCCCCAAAUGCGGGGAGGUUCAUGGGGAUGGAGCAUGCUCAGCAAUAGAACAGAAAUGUAUCUAUUGCGGGGGCUCACCUCAUGACAUCUCCUUGUGCGAGGCGUUUAAGAGCCGCUGGGAUAGUCAAAGGCGCUCUUUGAAGGAACGGUCAAAACGUUCCUAUGCCGCCAUACUAAAGGGCGCGGCGCCUCCGAUCCAACCGCAGUCCAGUAACAUUUUCACAGUGCUGCCAGUUGACAACGAGGACACAACAGAUGAGGAGAACCCGUUUAUUUUUGUAGCGAACUCGCGAAAACGUUCAAAACCAACUACUAAGACCCCUAAGAUUCCGAAUAAAAUCCCGACAAUCAGCCCUCCAAUCAACAUCACCAAAAAAGUGAUUGCUACAGACAAGAAAAAACAAGUUCCUCCUGGAUUCCGCGCGACCUUUUCUCCACAGAAUAAUUCAACAGCAGCUGGGACUUCAAAAGCUCCCGUUACUAAUGCGGAUUUGUCAGAAUCAACUCAUCAACCGGGACUUUUCAAGUUUUCUGACAUACUUAAUGGAAUUUUCACGUUUUUUAACGUUUCUGAAUCCAUAAGAAGUAUUGUUAGUGCAAUGCUUCCUAUGGUUAAGACAUUUUUGAAGCAAUUGAUGCAAACUUGGCCCCUUCUUUCAGUGUUUAUCUCUCUCGAUGGCUAAUUUACGCCGAGAGGUCGGAGAUAUCACUGUUUUACAGUGGAAUUGUCGUAGUCUCGUCCCUAAACUGGACCCGUUCAAAUUUUUACUUCAUGAAACUAGUUGCGAUAUUUUUGCGUUGUCCGAAACUUGGCUUUCUUCACAAUCUAACAUCUCAUUCCACGAUUUUAAUGUCAUACGUCUAGACCGCGACGAUUCUUAUGGAGGGGUGCUUUUGGGGAUCAAUAAGCACCACUCCUUCUAUAGAAUCCACCUCCCUUUAUCAGGAGGAAUUGAAGCUGUUGCAUGUCAUACAACUAUAAGAGGUAAGGACUUAUGCGUUGUCAGUUUGUACUGGCCUCAUAGAGUUGCAGUGGAUCGACGUCACCUAGAGGACCUGUGCUCAGUGCUCCCUGAGCCAAGGUUGAUCCUGGGUGACUUUAAUUCGCAUGGAACUGUCUGGGGAGAACAAAUUGACGAUAGUCGUUCUACUCUUAUCUAUGACAUUUGCGACAGUUUCAAUUUAACAAUUUUGAACACGGGUGAAAAAACACGAGUACCUAAACCUCCUGCAAGACAAAGUGCAAUUGACCUCUCACUCUGCUCAAACUCACUAUCAUUGGAUUGCCAGUGGAAGGUAAUCCCUGAUCUCAAUGGUAGUGAUCACUUGCCAAUCAAAAUUACAAUCACCAAUGGGGUUAGCUCUUCAAACACAAUAAAUAUGACAUAUGACCUUACAAGACACAUCGACUGGAAAAAAUACUCGGACGAAAUAACAUCAGCAAUCGGUUCUACGAAUGUUUUACCUCCUGCAGAGGAGUACCACUUUCUUUCACGUUUAAUACAUGAAAGUGCACUUUGCGCUCAAACAAAACCCAUCCCAGAUUCAUCAGUUCCCCGAAGGCCUCCAAACCCAUGGUGGGACCAGCAGUGUUCCAAGCUUUAUAAGGACAAAUCAAAAGCAUUCAAAGAUUUUCGGAAAUAUGGAACUCUCGCCCUUUUUGAAGUAUAUGUUUCCCUUGAAAAUCAGUUUAAAAAAUUGGUCAAGGGGAAGAAAAAGGCGUAUUGGAGGAAUUUUGUGGGUGGCUUAUCAAGAGAAACAUCCUUGAGUACCUUGUGGAGAGUGGCACGAAGCAUGCGUAAUAGAUCAUCUACGAAUGAAAGUGAGGAAUAUUCACAUAGAUGGAUAUUUAACUUCGCACGGAAAGUCUGUCCAGAUUCUACGCCUGUACAAAAAAUAAUCCGGGAUGUGCUUCCUGAAAGGUGUGGUCUGGAUUCCAGUUUUUCGAUGGUCGAAUUUUCACUUGCCCUCCUCUCUUGCAACAAUUCAGCUCCGGGUAUUGAUAAAAUUAGAUUUAACUUGUUGAAAAACCUUCCGGACGCCGCCAAAUUUCGCUUGUUAAAUUUAUUUAAUCAAUUCUUGGAGCAUAACAUUGUUCCCCAAGAGUGGAGACAAGUGAGAGUUAUCGCUAUCCAAAAGCCCGGAAAACCAGCGUCCGAUGCGAAUUCGUACCGUCCAAUAGCGAUGUUGUCUUGUAUACGUAAAUUGAUGGAGAAAAUGAUUUUGUUUCGUUUGGAUAAAUGGGUAGAAACAAAUGGCCUCCUUUCAGAUACUCAAUUUGGGUUUCGAAGGGGCAAAGGAACAAACGAUUGUCUUGCUUUGCUGUCUUCAGAGAUACAAAUGGCGUACGCAAAACGUGAGCAAAUGGCUUCAGUGUUUCUAGACAUAAAGGGAGCUUUUGAUGCAGUCUCAAUAGAGGUGUUGUCAGACAAGUUGCACUCCCGGGGUCUGCCUCCACUAUUGAACAACAUCUUAUACAGCUUGCUUUGUGAGAAACAUCUGAACUUUGCUCACGGAGAUAUUGCAAUUAGAAGAACCUCCUACAUGGGCCUCCCACAGGGUUCAUGUUUAAGUCCACUUUUGUACAACUUUCACGUAAGUGACAUCGAUACUUGUCUCUCUGAAGGCUGCACUCUAAGACAACUUGCAGAUGACGGCGUGGUGUCUGUCACAGGAUCUUCCGAGUCUCAUCUGCACAGACCUUUACAAGAUACUUUAGACAGAUUGUCUUCCUGGGCGUUGGGGCUUGGGAUUGAGUUUUCCCCUCAGAAAACGGAGAUGGUUGUUUUCUCUAAGAAACAUAGACCUGCUCAACCGAAGCUUCAACUCCUAGGCAGAACGAUCACUCAAUCGAGGUGUUUUAAGUAUCUUGGGGUUUGGUUUGACUCCAAGUGUACCUGGAGAGCCCACAUUGAGUAUCUGAAAGGAAAAUGCCAACAAAGAAUAAAUUUUCUCCGAUCAAUCACAGGCACCUGGUGGGGAGCCCACCCAGAAGAUCUUUUAAAAUUGUAUCGAACAACCAUUCUUUCAGUGAUGGAAUAUGGUAGCUUCUGUUUCCAGUCAGCUGCCAAAUCUCACCUCAUCAAACUCGAGCGUAUCCAAUACCGUUGUCUCCGCAUCGCAAUGGGCUCUAUGCCCUCAACGCACAACAUGAGUCUUGAAGUUUUGGCAGGAAUACUCCCUUUGAAAGAUCGAUACAAUCUACUAUCACUUCGGUUCCUCAUCAGGUGUGAGGUCAUGAACCCAUUGGUGAUCGUUAAUUUUGAAAGGUUACUUGAGCAAAAUUUUCGAACAAGAUUUAUGUCUGUAUACUAUGUCCUCAUGUCAAUGCAGGUAAACCCUUCUUCGUACUCUCCAACUCGUGUUUUCAGCCCACACUACGAUAAUUCUUCUGUCCAGUUUGAUUUGUCUAUGCAGCAGGAAAUUCGUGGAAUCCCGGAUUCGCAUCGCCCACUUCUGAUUCCAAGAAUUUUCGAAGCUAAAUAUAGACACGUCGAUGCUGACAAAAUGUACUUUACCGAUGGGUCUCUAAUUGAGGAAUCAACGGGAUUCGGAGUGUUCAACGAAACAACUAGCGCCUCUUAUAACCUCCAGUCUCCAUGCUCUGUGUAUAUAGCAGAGUUAGCUGCUAUUCACUGGGCCUUGGACAGCAUCGCCUCACGGCCUGUUGGGCACUACUACAUUGUAACGGAUAGUCUAAGCUCAGUUGACGCAAUACGAUCAAUACGACCGGGAAAGCACUCGCCGUUCUUCCUAGAGAAGAUACGGGAUACUUUGAGUGCUUUAACAAGACGUCGCUUUCCCAUUACCUUUGUUUGGGUUCCCUCUCAUUGCUCGAUAGUGGGCAAUGAGAAGGCAGACUCUCUGGCAAAGGUGGGGGCGACGGAAGGCGACACGUAUCCACGUGAAAUCGUCUUCAACGAAUUCUACUUCUUGGUACGAGGGAACUCUCUUGUCAACUGGCAGCGCAAAUGGGACGAGGAUGAGGAUGGUCGGUGGCUCCACUCGAUUAUCCCAAAGGUAAGCCUUAAACCAUGGUUCAAUAGAUUGAACUUGAGUCGGGAUUUUAUUCGUAUAUUUUCCCGUCUCAUGUCCAAUCAUUGUUCCUUAGACGCGGUACUCUAUCGUUUUGACAUUGCUGGCAGCAAUUUGUGUAGUUGCGGCCAAGGUUACCAUGACAUCGAGCAUAUUGUUUGGUCGUGUGAGGUCCAUCUUGUCGCCAGAACGAAUUUAAUAGACUCCCUUAGGGCCCGAGGAAAACCACCUAAUGUUCCAGUUAGAGAUGUACUAGCUGUGCUAGAUUUGGACUACAUGUUCGAAAUCUACCUUUUUCUAAAAGCUAUCGAUCUUCGUCUAUAAUUUCUUUUUUAUUUUCAUAUUUCCCUUUCUAUCUUCCUUUCUCCUCUCACAAAGUGUUAAGUUAAGAAAACAAUUGUAAACAACAAAAUCGAUUUUGGCUCCUUAAAGCCUAAAGGUAUGAGCCGUUUCAAAUAAAGAAUUGUUAAAAAAAAAAAAAAAAAAAAACUAAUAUCCAUGUUUUCUGAUUAUGGACUUGGAAUCAUGCCUGAGAGACUUGUGACAUAUCUUCUGAAAAACAUGAAAGAAGUAAAGGCUGGUGGUGCGAAUUUUGAAUUCAUUUCUUAAAUGAGCGGAAUUUAUUUUUUUAUGUGUUCCUAAACUAAACAAAAAAAGUGAUGAAAAUAUGUUUGGACGGCAUCCCUGAUCAGCAUUUUGACAACUCCAGAUUAACAUUUUGAAAGGGCACAGAUUGAUUUUUUUUUAUUAAUUGAGACGAAUUUAUGCAACAGAAUUGUUUUUCUUUCAAAUUCAAACCAAUUGUACUGAAAUAAAUAAAAAAAACUCUUUCGAUUUGCAAUGAAUAAUCGGAAUAUAUUUCUUAAUGUUUUCCCAUCAUUUAUUUGUGCACGUGAACGCAAAACAAAAAUCUAAACAAAUAAAAAAUCACAGCUGAAAUAGUUUCACAGAAACGAUUAUCAAGGAGAAAACAAAAUUUAAGCACAUUUUUUUUUAAUUAAUACGAAAACUGUGUGCACAUUACACACAAAAUUUUCGAGGCCGGAAUUUAGCAAAAUUUUGCUCAAAUUUGACCAGCUAAAAACUUAGCAACCAAUUUAGCAAUAUUUUUUAACUAAAGUUUUAGUAAACGAGAAAAAAGUUAGCCGCCGCAGUUUUUGCUCAAAUUUCUAGCAAAAACCGGAGAAAAAGAUUGUCCGGAUCCGUAAUUUCAUGUUUUGUUAUUUUUUUCUCUGGAGAAUCAGGGGAAUGUUUGAUUAUUGACUAGAAUACACAAAUCAUUAAACUUUUAGUUUAUUUUUCAUACUUUUUUCGUGACAUUAUUAAACACUUAUUUGUAAAAUGUAAUUAAAUUAGUACCGUUCUGGAAAUGUACCUUCCGGCAAGGGAAAUGCCAAGUUUCCGACCUUAACUAACGAAUUCGCCGGAUGCAACCCUCAAAAUUUCCGGACAGUUGCUAAAAUCUGUCGUUUUCGCUGCCAGUUGUAACCUGUUAGAAAAAAACAAGAAAUUUUUAAUUUAAAAAUCCAAAAUUUGCGCUUUAUAUGAUCGGCCCUUACCUGUCCGAAUCCGGUGUCGAUUUGGCUAUCAUUUUGUCGUUUACUUAGCCACAACGAGAACCGUCAGCAUCGAACUCCGGAACCGCACUUAAUCGCGUCAAGUUGUUAUUUUAUUGAUCAACCGACGGCGGCUGCUGUCCAUAAACAAAGCGGCUAGAAAAAUUUUGUUUUGCUCAAAUCAAGUAAAAUGAACCUUUUUAUUGCUAAAAUCAAGUAAAUUGAACUUUUUGCUAACUCAACAGUAAAAAAAUAUUUUUGCUAAGGGAAAGUAACAGCCAAAUUUUGCUAAGUGGAGCCCCGAAAGUUUUGUGUGUAAGCAUCAUGUCAUUUUUCCCUGUCAGGAAGGUUUGCUCAAUCGGGCCGAUUGCAAAACAGAGGUGGCGGCACUCGAAUUCUAGCGGUUAGAAUUCGGUCCGUUUUCGGCUCGAUUUCCAUCCGCCUGCUCGAUUGCUCGAAAUCUAAACGGUAUUUUUUUUACGAAGCAUGAACAAAACGAAACAAAGUCGCAACAACUGCCAUUUUAGUUUUUCCCGUCGCCGUGUGCGUUAUUAUUUUAGAGAAAAUAUGUUGCAAAUCAGUGUUUUCUCUUUAAUUUUUCUUAUCAAAUCGUUCGCUUAGGGCGGACGGUUUAUCAACUGGUGUUAAAUGGACUCUUUGUGGAAUGCAAAACCCUUAAUCCAUUGUAGAAAUAUCGAUAUGGAUUAGAUUGGCCAUAUGGAGCGGUGGGACGGAGCACAAAACACCGGUGGUUUCAUAUCCAGCACCAAGUUGAUUCCAGUUCCAGAGAUUGCGAUUGAUUCAGCGGACGUGAUUCGGGAAGUUUCCGUAGCGAAAGCGAUUUUUCCAGCUCCCAGUAUGCUACCACAACGACGACUUCCCGCAUCAACAACCAUCAUUUGAUUGCCAAUAGUUAAAUAACUAUUCUGACCGAUCCACCUGAUGAACAGAGAUUUUUUCCGAUCUGGGAAGCAAUCGGGUCGUUGCAAAAAGUGUAAACAUAAAUCAAUUGGGCAGUUUUACUUCUCAACAACCCGUUGCUCCAAUGCAUACAAAUUCCGGUAAGCAAGAUUCAACGCCUCUUAUUUCCGUUCCGGUCAGUUUCGACAAUUCCAGAGUUGGUUGUAUAUUCGACAUCGGAUCAACCGGGGAUAAAACUGGUGGAUAUCAAAUAACGGAACUGGUUGAUCAGCCCGUUGAUCUGAAACAGGAAGAAGUGCUUAUGUGCAUAGAUUUUUCAAAUGUACGGUUCUCUGGCGACUGGUUCUCUAUACCACGGACUUCGAAACCAACCGUACUUCUCAAAGGUGGUCCUGUCUUUAAUAUGCUGCUCAAGCGUCAGAGCUCCGAGCUAUUUAAACACAAUAAAAAAGACAAGCAGAAACAACUAGGGAAACACCCCACAAAUAGCCAACCCAACAAUGGUAACCGGUGACAAAGUUCCGCCUUCAGUUCUUAAACAACAGCAACAGGCAGUCCAACAGCCUGCAGCUUCAAAGCGAACCGAGCAAAGGAACUUGGACGACAGAUGGACCAGGAGAAAAGUCAAAAUUCUACUGCAUCCACAACAAGCCGUGGUGAUGUGAUCUGUGCCAAACCAUCACUCCGCUGCCGAUCGAGACAGCUUUUCCUGUUAACGUAGGCAUUACUGAUUCCGAUCCACUACCGACUAACAUUUCCACGGCUACCACACAACCCACCUAAAGCGUUACCGUUCCUCCACAACGCAUCAAACACAGCGUGAUAGGAAAUAUCCUGCCCCAACAACGGCCGUCAUUCCCUCGGUGGUUGCGCCGACAAUUUCCGUUCCGAAGGCAACCAUUCCUUCCAUCGCAUCAGGAAUGUUCGCCCAAAACAUCGUAGCAGCCGCUGCGUAUACCUUUCCUUCUGGCGCUGUCGAUAAAGAAGCAGAAGAUAGUGACGACGUGUCGAUAGCUGCACAAAAUUUCUAUGAACCAUUCGAUUACGCCGGAACUGGAAAUCAUAGAGAAAAACAACAAGAGUUGCACUUGGAGUGCGGUCGAUUUUGCCUACGACGAACCGUAUAAAGAGACGUUCUGGUGAUCUUUUUUAGAUUCCAUCGAACAUUCACAAACUGCGCUUUGAAGGCCCCACCCAAGAAGAACCCUAGUAGAUUGUUUAAAAUGUCCCAUUUCUCACCACUCCCAACAAAUAGAAGAACUAAUUGAAUACCAAAAAAGGAAACCCAGUAGCGCCCACGUCCAAUGGAGAGCCUGUUGGUGAAAACGGUUCCGACGCCAUCGCAGUCUCCAGAUUUUUCAACAGCCCAUCAACACAACAACAACAACCUCAAACAAUAGCAUAUCCAUCUGAAGGGAACCGUACUCAAGAGCUUUCAACUAUCAUUAGUGGUCACUGGUCACCGCUAAUAGUACUCAGUGCUGGUCGAGCAGAAACAACUACGCCGUAUUAACGUCUAACUGAAAAUUGGCAUACUUUAGCAGCAAAAUCAACAGCAACACUCAGUGGUUGCACCGAUUAGUCUUGGUGACCGCGAAAAACCGAGCAGUUCUAAAUCGAGUAUCGGCUUUUCGACGCCAAAGAAAGUCACACUAAAGAGAGCAAUCCAUGGUCUCGAAAGAAAGUAAAUUUCAAGCCAGAUUUGAAACUAAAGUGUCUGUAGUCGAGUGGGCUAAAAAGGCAUGCCUGCUGUACACGGAAACAGUUCCAACUCCAUCGGUGAAUGUUGCCCUAACCGAAAGAACGGUUUAUUCAUGGUUUCAGAAACCAUGAGAUCUGGUCUGCCAACAUAUCAGCAUCAAAUCAUUGCAGCAACAAGUGAACGGUAACAAUGGAAUUUUUUCAACAACUGAUCCAAGGGUAGGAACGAAGGCAGUUUCAUAUCAGUAUGGCAAUUUUCAUGAUAGACAAAUCAACACUAAGGCAAGGAAAUUGGAACUACUUCAAUCAAUAUAUCUUGACCAACGGAUUCACAAUAAUGGUGUCAAAAUGUCGAUAUGAAUAGGACUGUGUUUUAUGUUCCGCACGCAUAUCGCACACUUAGCUCAAAAAGGAAUGUGAUGGGAUAAUUAUCUGCUGUUGCAUUCCACCUUAAUAAAAUGUCACCAAAUCAAGGAUUGUGAUUUGCACAAAUCCUAGAUUUAACACAAUAUAAUAAUCGGUCAACAUUAUUAUCUAUUCUACCGGCGAUUCUCCAAAUUUGUGCUUUAUCCGUCUUCAUCUUGACAAACAAAUUUCUCGGCUCGCCUGGGUUGCGAAGAGCUGAACAACAUAACCUCUAGGACUUUCGAACAUGUGAUGAAUUUUGUGGCUGGAACCACAAUAUUUCGAGAAAUUGUUUUCCCGUCGCCGCAGGAUUAUUAUACGGUAUUCUUCGUAGCCUAGGAAGGUUAGCUUCCGACGCCAUUUCAGUUUGCCUUCCUGAGAUUGAGAGGAAUCUAUUGGUCUACCGGAUUUGGAGUACGACGAAACCUACGUUUACUCCCUCCACAGAAACUGGUGAUCCCGUUAAGGAUUAUAAAUUCCAAUGGUUCCGACUACUAGGUGACUGUGGAUGUAUCUGCAAUUUUCUUAAAAAGUUUAAAGUUGUUUCUUGGCCUACUGCACAGCGCCCAAUGAAACAAAAAAUGGUUAGAUGGAGACGCCCCUGAAUCUGGGUUUGUUAUCGUAUCGGAGCUGUUGUGAUCAAACGGCACUGGAAACAUUGCUCAUUGCAAACCGGGGACACGGCAAAAUACGUUCAAGUAAUUAAUGUUUGGCUCAAAAUUAUGUUUUAAAGUGGUUUCUUGGCCCAGCGGCAAAUGAAACAACGCGAAAGUUUACGGCUGACAUGAUCAGGUGCCUAAAGAUACUCCUGUGGCUGGAUAAGAGUUCAUUUGUUAUUUGUUGAGUGAGGAGGGCAUCAAUAGAAUUCCUACAUAAAAAGCUAGGUUAUGUGAAACGAGAAUCAAAACAAAAUAACAAUGUAUCAUUGAAUGCAAAAUUAAAAUUAUUCAAUAAAUGUUCACAAAGAAAUGGCUUUCUUUUUUUAAUUCAUUAGAAACCUUGAAAAAAACAUCAACAAAAGUUUUGGCAAUCGGCCCGGAAACGGUUCGAAAAAUCGUUCGGUUUCGGUCCGAAAUCGGGCCGUUUUUUCGGAUGGACGCUAUGGCAAUCGGCCCAGAAACGGUUCGAAAAACCGUUCGGUAUCGGUCCGAAAUCGGUUCUUUUUUCGGAUGGACGCUAUGGCAAUCGGACCAGAAACGGUUCGAAGAACGUUCGGUUUCGGUCCGAAAACGGUCCGCUUGUUUUGACAUUUGAUCUGCU